ACAACUCCACCCACCUCGUUUUACUUUGCUUUUCAUACCUGUCUUUCAUCAGUAUGCAACAGGGAAUGCUAAGAACAAGAAACUAUUAGCCUCAUUUGAUAUUGUAAUAUUGCUGGAAAGAAGAGGUUUCAGAAGGGAUGGAUCGCUCCUGUGUGAACUGCUUGAAAAACCUGAUGGUAUUUCUCAACUUCCUGUGUUGGUUGUGUGGUGCGUUUGUAGUUGCCUUUGGGAUAUUUCAGGGCAUACACUCCAAGUUUGCAUCUCUCGUCACAACUUUCUGGCCCAUCUACCCUGCCAACACCCUGGUGGUCACUGGUACUAUUGUUACAUGUGUGUGUUAUCUGGGUGUGCUUGGAGCCAUGAAGGAAAAUCGUUGCCUGCUCAUCAGCUUUUUUAUCCUGCUGUUCAUCCUGAUGCUGGUUGAGCUGGCCAUGGCUUGUGUGUUCCUGGUUUACAGCAGAGAGCUUGACACAUAUUUUGACAAAGACCUGAGAAAAAGUUUGGAGAUCUACAGAUGGUCAGGUCCCGAAGAGAACCAGAUCAUUAAAGACGAUUUUGAUGCUGUCCAGCACUUGUUUAGGUGUUGCGGAGUACAUGGCGAGGCAGACUGGAUGGGUAAAGUCCCCAUCUCCUGUUGUGUCCAAGAUCCCUGCACCUCUCCCAUCCACAUCAACUGGCAAGAGGGUUGUCUCAUUAAACUGAGGAACUGGUUUGAAGGAAAUUAUCGGAGCACCGGGGCAGGCGUUGUCACACUCUUUAUCAUACAGUUCGCUUGCCUGUGUUUCAACAUCCCUCUGUUUUGCCACUUCUAUCGAAAUGGGCUGGGAUACUUGUGAAAAUGACUUAUUGCCAGUCACAAUGACCUGCAUCUUAUCAAGUUACCAGUAAUUAACAUAUUAGAUUUU